UCUCAGAGUUGGGCAUCUCCGGUGCGGCCCACGCUUGGAUUGCGUCCUACCUGACAGGUCGCUCCUACCAGGUGGCGAAUCGCAUCUCUGCAUGUCUGGCAGACAUAUCAGUGUGGAUGACGGAUCACCACCUCAAGCUGAACCUCGGCAAGACGGAGCUGCUCUUCCUCCCGGGGAAGGACUGCCCGUUCCAUGAUCUCGCCAUCACGGUUGACAACUCCAUUGUGUCCUCCUCCCAGAGCGCUAAGAACCUUGGCGUGAUCCUGGACAACACCCUGUCGUUCUCAACUAACAUCAAGGCGGUGGCCCGUUCCUGUAGGUUCAUGCUCUACAACAUCCGCAGAGUACGACCCUGCCUCACACAGGAAGCGGCGCAGGUCCUAAUCCAGGCACUUGUCAUCUCCCGUCUGGAUUACUGCAACUCGCUGUUGGCUGGGCUCCCUGCCUGUGCCAUUAAACCCCUACAACUCAUCCAGAACACCGCAGCCCGUCUGGUGUUCAACCUUCCCAAGUUCUCUCACGUCACCCCGCUCCUCCGCUCUCUCCACUGGCUUCCAGUUGAAGCUCGCAUCCGCUACAAGACCAUGGUGCUUGCCUACGGAGCUGUGAGGGGAACGGCACCGCAGUACCUCCAGGCUCUGAUCAGGCCCUACACCCAAACAAGGGCACUGCGUUCAUCCACCUCUGGCCUGCUCGCCUCCCUACCACUGAGGAAGUACAGUUCCCGCUCAGCCCAGUCAAAACUGUUCGCUGCUCUGGCCCCCCAAUGGUGGAACAAACUCCCUCACGACGCCAGGACAGCGGAGUCAAUCACCACCUUCUGGAGACACCUGAAACCCCACCUCUUCAAGGAAUACCUAGGAUAGGAUAAAGCAAUCCUUCUCACCCCCCCCCUUAAAUGAUUUAGAUGCACUAUUAUAAAGUGGCUGUUCCACUGAUGUCAGAAGGUGAAUUCACCAAUUUGUAAGUCGCUCUGGAUAAGAGCGUCUGCUAAAUGACUUAAAUGUAAAUGUAAAAAUGUCAUAGUAUGGAUAUAGUUAGUAUGCCAAAAGUUCCCAGAUGACGUACUAAAUUCGCCAAAAUACGAAAGCUGUGUUCGAAUACCCAUACUAACAUACUGUAUACUACAUACUUAAUAAGCAUACUAUUAGUUCAUUUUUGUAUAAUGUAAACGAAUGGUAUCUGUAGCGGCCCGCACAGACAGCUGUUGUGUUAUGUGUUAGGCCAGUACCAGUGUUCGCGGGGUCCGACAUGCCAAUCAACCUGCUAUCUGCCAAUCACGGGAAUGCCUGGAAUGUUCUUGAUGCCGGUCAUCCUGGUGGUUGGUGGAGGGGGGUUGGGCAGGGGGAUGGAGCAUUGGAAGUUAAGACCAGACUUAGCCUUUUUUCUCUCUCUUACGUCUGGGCUUCACAAGAGAAGGUCACAAUUGGCUUGUGGGUUAUUUUUCAUUCAUUUGGCGUGGGCUACUGCCAAACAGUAGCCUGUGUAAAGUUGGUUUAAUAAACCGUCAAUUCGUAAACUCAA